AUGAAUGGUGAUCAUGGAAUUAUUCAUAUACUUGAUUUGUAUAUUUAUAUAACAAAAGUUAAAGUAAUAGAAAAUACGAUGAAGCGUGAUGCACGUUCACCAAAAUUAUUUUAUCCAGCAGUUGGAUUUAAAUCAGAAAAAUUAGUUGGACGUUGUCAAAUGGCUUAUCGUUUAACAAAAAAUGGAAAAUUUCAAGGUCAACAAUGA